UGCUCGCCACCCGGGCGGCGCUUCCCCCCGCCUCCCCCAUCCUCCGCAGCGGGAGCGGAGAGCAGCCUCCGCCUGACACGCCCGGCAGCGCCGGGGCCGCUCACCGACGUGCCUCCCGCGCCGGGCGGUAGCGCAGCCAGGACGUCGCCGCCGCUGAUGGCCGCACCAGUGCCCGGUGUGCCGCGCGGCGCAGGACGGACGGUGCAGACCGCGGGCGGCAGCCUCCGCGGCGCGGCGAGCUCCCCCUGCCCGCUGCCCCGGCCCACCGCGGGGGACCCACCGCCCUCGCCCCCCGACAGGAGAAAAAAGAAAGAUGACAAUAUUUUGGAGAUCACAUCAAUUCCAAAUCCUUUUCCUGAGCUGUGUUGCUCUCCAUUUACAUCAGUUUUGUCAGCCAGUCUGUUGCCCAAGGCAACUUCAAGAAAAAAACAGGUAAUUAAAGUGUAUAGUGAAGAUGAUACAAGCAGAACUUUGGAAGUACCAAGUGAUAUAACAGCCAGGGAUGUAUGUCAGCUGUUGAUAUUGAAGAACCACUAUAUUGAUGAUCAUAGCUGGACUCUGUUUGAACAACUUGCCCACUCAGGUUUAGGAAGAGCUAUAGAAGACCAUGAAUUAGUAAUGGAAGUCCAGUCAAAUUGGGUAAUGGAAGAGGAAACCAAGCUGUAUUUUAGAAAAAAUUAUGCCAAGUAUGAUUUUUUUAAAAAUCCACUGAGAUUUUUUCCAGAUCAUAUGAUAUCUUUUCCAAGUGAGACCAAUGCAGCUGUAAGACACUCUGGGAUAUUACAGAUGUUCCUAAGCUCCAGCACAUAUCCUGAGAUUCAUGGUUAUUUGCAUGCAAAGGAGCAGGGAAAAAAAUCAUGGAAAAAAUGGUACUUUCUUUUGAGAAGAUCUGGUCUUUAUUUUUCCACUAAAGGUACAUCUAAGGAGCCAAGACAUCUGCAGUUUUUCUGCGAAUUCAGCAAUAGUGAUAUGUACAUGUCUUUGCCAGGCAAAAAGAUUUCUGGAGCACCAACAAACUAUGGAUUCUGCUUUAAGCCUAACAAAUCAGGAGGAACCAGGGACCUGAAACAGCUCUGUGCAGAUGAUGAACAAAGUAGGACCUGUUGGAUGACUGCAAUUAGGUUGCUUAAGUAUGGGAUGCAGUUGUAUCAAAAUUACGUGCAACCAUAUCAAGGUAGAGGUGGCUGCAGCCCGUUGAAUGUAACACCUAUGAGAAGCAUUUCAGAAAAUUCUUUAGUAGCAAUGGAUUUCUCAGGGCACAGAAGCAGAAUUAUAGAAAAUCCAACAGAAGCCCUUUCAGUUGCAGUUGAAGAAGGAUUAGCAUGGCGGAGAAGAGGGUGUCUACGACUCAACUCACAUGGUAGUCCAGUUGCCAUGUCUAACGUGGGUAUCCACAGAUCUCAGUCAUGGUUUCAUCAUAAAAUUUCUAGAGAGGAGGCUCAGAGACUUAUUUUGCAGCAUGGACUUGUAGAUGGGGUAUUCCUGGUACGUGAUAGCCAGAGUAAUCCCAAAACAUUUGUUUUGUCAUUGAGUCAUGGAUUAAAAAUAAAGCAUUUUCAAAUUGUACCAUUGGAAGAUGAUGGGAAGCUGUUCUAUACCCUUGAUGAUGGUCAUACCAGAUUUACUGAUCUCAUUCAGCUAGUGGAAUUCUACCAACUUAAUAGAGGAGUACUACCUUGCAAGUUAAAACAUUAUUGUACACGAAUUGCUUUUUAACCACAGCAUCUGUCGUCUCAUCAGAGGGAAAGGAAGAUACUGGAAUACUUUUUCCUGUAAAGCAAUUUGUAUAAAAAGAAGUGAAAAAGCAUUAAAUUGUAAAGAUUCUGUGUAUAAGCUGCAAAAGAGAAAUUAUAUUCUAUAUAGAUCAGAACUUUGCUUUGUGAUUGCAAAUUUAACUUCAUGGUUUUAAAAAUCACAUUCUUUCCUGUGUAAUUCUUUAGUGUUGUCUUGGACU